AUGUAAACAAAAGCAAAAUAUGAUGAAUUUGAGAUUUAACAUUAUUUUGGUUGCAAAGAGGUAUAAGGAUGACUAUCUUUAAUAGUACAAAGUGAAAAUAGGCAAAAAUAAUCAAGGAUAAUACUUUUUGCUGAAUUUUUUCAAUGUCAGCGUGAGGGAUUAACUUUAAAAUUUAUAAAUUAUUCAAAACUUAGAGCAUCCUUCCAUUCUUAAGAUCAUCUAAAUUAGAAACGAAGGAAUCUACACGGUAUUGUUUAUUAUAAUGACAAUAAGAAAAAAAAUAGCACCAUGAUGAAUAGAUCAUGCGUUAUAUAUGAAUAUCCAAAGGGAGGGGAACUGUUUGAAUACUUAUUUUAAACAGGAAAAUUUCAUGAAGCCCAAGCCAGACACUAUUUUAAAUAACUUGUUGAUGGUAAUAUAAUUAAUAAUUUAAAGGAUUGGUUUCAAUUCACAAGUAAGGAUUAUAUCAUGGAGAGUUGACAGCAGAAGUCAUAUUUUUUGCUGAUGCCAAAACCAUUAAAAUCGGAGAGUUAGGACUGAAUUAGAUAAGAAAAAAAAAAUAUAGUAAAACUUUAUUACAAAGUAUAUAGCCUUUGAGACUCCAUCAUGGGCUAAAGAGAACAACAAUUAUGAAUAAAGCAAAGACAUAUUUGCACUAGGAAUGAUCUUGUUUAUAUUGAUGGUUGGAAGGCCACCAUUCUCCAACACUGAAAAGACAAAUCCAAAUUAUAUGGGAUUUCAAACUACACCCCAAUCGAUUUGGAAACAAAUAUACAUCAUUUAUUCGAAUGUUGCACUUACUGACGACUUAAAGUUAUUUAUCAUUUUUACUAAAUUAUAUUAGAGACCUAAUACAAAGAACUCUGAUCAAUAGUUAGAAUCUCCUUAAUUGAAGUUUAUAAUCAUCCAUUGACUUAAAGUUUUCUGAAUUCUCAGAGGACAUAGUUAAGGAGAAUUAUUCAUUGCAAAAAAUAAUUUAUUAUCAAUUAAUGUUAAACUAGCUAAAUUAAGUAAGACCAGGUUAUUAUCAUCAGCAAUUAUAAAUUAACAUGUAUAAUAAAUAUUGAUUUGUAGUAUAAAAAUAAAUAGGGUAGUUUAGAUCAGAUGCAGAAAGUUAAAAAUCUUAAGUGA